GCGAAUAAGCUGUCGUGCCUUCGCUUGGUGCACAACCCACAUCGCAGUGUCAAAUGACGGAGACAACCUAUAAAAAAAAAUAAAUAAAAAAAAAGGAGAGCGGGCGAGAGAGAAAGAGAGAGGGAGCGAAUCUGUCGACAUUCAUCACUGUGUGCGUUUUAAAGAAAGUUUGUUUUCCAAGAAGGAACUUAACCCGGUGGUCCCGCUGCUGGAGCGCUCCUUCACCUUCACCUCGAAUUUCCGCUCCCCGUCUCUCCCAUCCCGACCGUGCCAACACUUCAAUCUUCAGAGUCGUCUUUGCUAGGAGAUGGAGGAUCCCUUUGGCCCCAGCCCUCUACCGCCAGUCCCUAACCUCUCCAUCUCUAUCCCGCUGAGUCGGGGUUUUAACCUGUCGUCUGUGGGGGACUCUGGCGCUGGGAUGUUGCUCCAACCUCCAACUCCUCCAAGCCGAAAGGUCCGGCUCGUUUCCCUGGGGAUAAUCUUAGUAGUGGCAGUGGUGGGAAACGCCACGGUGCUCUGUACGUUGUGCGGCAGCGGCGGUGGACCUUGGGCCGGCCCCAAGCGUCGGAAGAUGGACUUUCUGCUAGUGCAUCUGGCCCUGGCCGACCUGUAUGUGUGCGGGGGGACCAUGCUGUCGCAGCUGGCUUGGGAGUUGCUGGGGGACGCCCACAUGGUAGCGGGAGACCUGGCCUGCCGGGUCGUCAAGUUGUUGCAGGUGUCCGCACUCCUAGCCUCCUCCAACAUCCUUGCCCUCAUCUGCCUAGAGCGACACCGGGUGGUGAGCCGGCCCCUGGGCCCGCCCUUUCCCACGCGCGCCCUAGCCGCCCUGAGUUGGCUGCUGGCGUUGCUUCUCGCCCUACCCCAGGCCUUCGUGGUCCACGGUGGUACCACAUCAGGCCUCCCCGACGGCUACAGCGGGGUUCCCGCCUUGCCCUCGGCCGCACUGAUGCCUAGCUACACUCUGGCCGCCUCGCAGAGCCCGCCGGGGCUUCAGGCUUCUGCUGGGUCGUGGUCAGGAGAGCGCCGGUGCCGUACCAUCUUCGGAGCCCUGCCUCGUUGGCACCUACAAGUCUACACAGUGUACGGGACCGUCGCGGGCUUCUUGGCCCCUCUCGCUAUCCUGGGCGUCGCCUGCGGCCGCCUGCUCCAAACUUUGUGGCAUCAGCGACUCCAGGCGUCAGCUCCUGUCGCCUGGUCCCCCUAUGUCUGGGAGGCUGGCCAUUGCAGAGCCCGGACCCGAAGCGCCCUCCCUCCAGCCAAGGUGCAAAGCCUGAAGAUGACCCUGGUGCUGGCACUGCUCUUUGUGAUGUGUGAGCUACCCUACUUCGCGGCAGAGCUGGCGGCCGCUUGGUCGUCCAAUUCCCGGGGCGAAGGGCAGGGCGAGGGCCUGACUUCUGCGCUGGGCAUCGUGGUGGUCACCAACAGCGCCCUCAAUCCCUACGUUUACCUUUUCUUCCAAACUGGAGAUAGCCGGUUGCGGCGGUUAUGGAGGAGACUGAGCACUGUCUGCUGCUGUGACCGCUGCCUGAAGAAAGGAGAAGGGGAGGACGAAGACGAGGUGGCCCGGGGGCACCAGCCACUCCACCGGCACCGCUGGCCCCACCACCACUAUCAUCACCAUCACCGUCGAGAACCGCCCGGAGCCUUCACGACGGAGGGCUCUCCUCACCCAGCCCUAUCAUCAGCCCCCAAGCAGCUCCCCUGCUCCUGUGAAAGCAUCUUCUAGUCAUUGGAGUAGCUUCAGUUUUUCACUUCUCUUUUCAGGGAGAAGGGAAGGAAGCCCCUUUCCAGAUAUCCCUGACUGAAGAAGAAAUGCCUGCACUAUAAGAGGAGAGAGGGGGGAAAAAAAGACAUACUUUCUGUUAGACAGAUUGAUUAGCUGCUGUGCCUGAGAUGCUGCUAGAACUGUGAUCAUAUUCAUUAUGCUGUAUUGCAUUUUGUGACUGAUUAGUGGUAGAGUAUUUGUAAAAAUAAAAAUGUUUCUCAAGCCAAAAAA